CCACCUCAACCGCACCACAGCUCAGCUCCCACCCACUCCCAAACCCUCUCGCCGGAGCCCCAGCAACCCGCCAGCAAGCAAGAUGGACGGCAGCAAGGCGAAGAAGGUGGCGGCGAAGAAGUUCGGCGGGCCGAGGAAGAAGUCGGUGACCAAGUCCAUCAAGGCCGGGCUCCAGUUCCCCGUCGGCCGCAUCGGGCGCUACCUCAAGAAGGGCCGCUACGCCCAGCGCGUUGGCUCCGGCGCCCCCGUCUACCUCGCCGCCGUCCUCGAGUACCUCGCAGCAGAGGUGCUGGAGCUGGCCGGGAACGCCGCCAAGGACAACAAGAAGAGCCGCAUCGUGCCCAGGCACCUGCUGCUGGCCAUCCGCAACGACCAGGAGCUCGGGAGGCUGCUGUCCGGCGUCACCAUCGCCCACGGCGGCGUCAUCCCCAACAUCAACCCGGUGCUGCUCCCCAAGAAGGCCGCCGAGAAGGCUGAGAAGGCCGAGAAGACCGCCACCAAGUCGCCCAAGAAGGCCACCAAGUCCCCCAAGAAGGCCACCAAGGCGUAGAUCUGGCUCCGAGCGCCCGUGCCGGUGAACUGGACUGAUGGUGCUCCGUCAGCCCUCGUGUGCCUAGUGUCUCUGUGUUAAGUUAGCUGUGGUGUGUUCCAGAGUGUGUUGAAGCUUGUUCUUUUGCUUUGCCCCGCCAUGUAACCGUGAACGAAGAGGAAGCGUCUUGUUUCCUCUGUUCUGCUAUAUCAAUCUGGUUUCUAAUGCAGUGUUUGUUAAAACGCCA